UUUGCAAGCAAGUCGUUUGCAUUCGAAGAGCGGACGCGGAGGACACAAGGUGUCUUAGGGCUGAGAGUUGACGUGCGGAACGCCAGACCCACGACCAUAUCAACGAGUGGACAAACCAAAACAGAACACGAGACUCCGGGAGAGUUUCCGGGGCCCCCUCCCCACUUCCAGCAUGUCGCUUCCCGGCUCCCCCUCACUCCUCUCGGCGAGCUCGGGCGCCCCAACUCCGGCCUCUCUUUACCGCUCGCCACCGGAGACGGUCCACACUUCGGCGGCUCCCAGCGGAACCUCCAGCCCGGCGCACAGCAACUCCCACCCCCACCCGCACUCGCUGUCCCCGCGGCUUAGCGGCGGCACCGUGCUCGGUGGGUUUCUACCCGCACCGGGAAGCGCGCUGUCCGGUUUAGGCAACGGCGCCGUCGCCCCGCUGGUGUCCGGGCUCGGCGGACUCGGCUCGCUGGGCUCGCCCGCCUUGAGCUCCUCCGGGCCAGGACCGUGCGGCGAAUGCAAGCUGGUGGAGGUGCACGGCGUCAAGGUGGCCAGCUUCAGCGUGCACGGCCAGGAGCUGAUCUGCCUGCCGCAGGUGUUCGACCUCUUCCUGAAGCACUUGGUGGGCGGCCUGCACACGGUCUACACCAAGCUCAAGAGGCUGGACAUUACGCCGGUGGUGUGCACCGUGGAGCAGGUGCGUGUACUGCGGGGACUCGGCGCCAUCCAGCCCGGGGUCAACCGAUGCAAGCUCAUCUCCAGGAAGGACUUCGAGGUCCUGUACCAGGACUGCACCAGCGCCAGCUCUCGUCCGGGUCGUCCUCCCAAGCGUUGUUCUUCCGCCGCCGGCAUCCAGGACAGCCCGAGGCUUCUUCACCCGGGCCUCCCCGGCCUGCUGUCCCCCAACCUGCUGUCUCACACCGGCCUGACAGCAGCCGCCAUGGCCGAGCUCCAGAAGCUGCACAAGAUGAAGAUGAUGAUGAGUCUGCAGAACGGAAACGAGUCGGACAACGAUGACCUGCACUCCAAUGCGGGAGGAAGUGAGUGCUCCUGGGACAAGGAGCGACUGAGCAGCCCCCCGGCCGGAGCCCAAAGUGGCGGACCCGGAGGAGGAGGAGGAGGGGGCGGGGCCAUCCCACCAGGAGGAGGCGCAGGAGGGCGGGGCCCGGCUGUAGGAGCUGUCAAUCAACAGCAGCAGCAGCAGCUGCUCGCCAACAGACUGGAGCUGCCCUUCAUGAUGAUGCCGCACCCGUUGCUGCCCAUGGGCUUGCCGCCCGCCUCCGUCGCCAUGGCGAUGUCGCAGAUGAACCACCUCAGCACCAUCGCCAACAUGGCCGCCGCCGCUCAGCAGAUACACGUGCACCGGGCGCCCGUAAUCAAGGAGCGGCUGUGCGACAGCCCCUCGCUGUCGCCGUCUGUCGAUGAGACCAACACUCCUCUGCAGUCGCAGCCCAGUAGCUCCGCCUCCAGCUCGCCGGAAAGACUCGGCCUGCUGUCGGCCGAUGCAGAUGUUCCAUUGGCCAACGUCGCAACACCCAUCAAGAAAAUAACAAAGGACAAAGAAGACGAACCCUCGCUAGGACAAGGCCUGCCUCCCGGCUUCCCUGCCCCGUUCCUGUUCGCUGACAGCCUGUCGUCCGUCGAGACGCUCCUCACCAACAUCCAGGGCCUCCUGAAGGUGGCGGUGGAGAACGCCCGCGUGCAGGACAAGCAGAUCCAGGCGGAGAAGAGGGAGCUGAAGAUGGAGCUCUACCGCGAACGGGAGAUGAGAGAGAGUCUGGAGCGUCAGCUGACCUCGGAACUGCAGAGCAGAGCGUCCAUCCAGAAACGUCUGAAGAAAGAGAAGAAGGCCAAGCGGAAGCUGCAGGAGGCGCUCGAGUUCGAGUCCAAGCGGCGGGAGCGGGGGGACGACGCCCUGAAACAUUCGUCCUCAUCCUCGCCCGAGCCGCUGCACGCCGCCGACGACAACAUCGCCGACGCCGCAUCCGACCAGCAGGAUGAGCUGAACGGGAACCAGGAAGACAACGGCGCUGUGCAAGAAUCUCGGGCUUUCCUGAAGACCACCAUCAUGUUCUAGAGUGCUGGAGUCCGCCUCUGUCACGUCCUCCCCAAGCGGGAUGCAAUGCCCCCCCGCCCUACGACACUUCAGCACCACCAUUGCAUCAUUAUCACCCCCCCUCCCACACCCGCCCUCCCCCGAAAACAACAACAAUAAUCAUUCAUUCCUCUUUGUGCAACACGACUUCCUUCCCGUGUCCCUUUGGUUGCCGUGCGAAGCAUGCUGGGACGUCGAUGGAGGGACGUCAAGGCUGAGCGGACCAAAACGUGACCUCGUUCUAUUUACGCACGCUCAAGUGCCGGAUUUGGCGCCACUUGAGUCCACCUCAUUGGCUGGCCCGCUCGGAUUGGACGGGAAUCAGCUCAUCGGCGCCGGAAGGAGACUGUUAAAAAAAGAACUUUCUGGAAUAUGGGGAGGGGGGGCGGGGCUUCUGUUUCAUGACAUUUUUUUUUUCUUCUUUCCAAAAAGAAAGCGUUGGAAAACGGUUUUACCUAAAACGCACCCACUCCUCCACCUGCUCGUCUUGGACUCCCCGAAGUGUUUUCUAUCACCUUGAAGGACAUGUUUAAAAAAAAAACAAAAAAAAAAAACAGCCCUUUUUUAUAUUUUUGAUUUUUAGAAUAUUCUAAAAAUUCUCAACCUGAGCAGGAAGUAGUCAUUUGCCGCGUGAGUUGAGUAGCACUUUUCGUUUUCUUCCUUUUGCCCAUCAGACGAGCAAUUCAAGCGCUCCCCGGCUCCACUUUGUAACUUUUGUCACCCGCACUUUUUGCCAGUGCGAACUCUUCUUGUCUGUUCUUUGUGAAUUUGAAAUGUACAAGAAUGGUUCAUGUGUGUAGAUAGAAGUGACGCUCGCUUUGUUUCUCUUUGGCUUUCCUCUUUGUGACCGCAAAUAUACACGAUGACGACGA